GUCCUCACCAAGACGAUGCCAAUGCCAAAACGCCGCCCUCAGACGCUGCACGUUUCCGCUAUGCUAUAAGCUCGCACUGCACCUUUCACAACUUGCUGCCAAUCGAAUACCUGCUGGCCUUGCUGCUGCGAGUCUGCACAGCAUAUAACCGUCCUCGACGCCUCCGGCGGUACCACUAGUCGCUCAGGAGGCUAAGAACCAUGCGGCAAGCAGUUGUUAUGGCUUUGGUGCUGGUGCUGGCGUUCGCUGUGCAGCAAUCAGCGGCCCAGGCCAACACCAAAGCGACGCUGAUUCCUCUCAACACAUUCUACUCGCUGUGGAAGGCGUCUCAGACCGUCAACGCCACACGCGCCCAGAACAUCACAUUCCUGGACGUGCGGCCCAAGACGCUGUACCAGCUGUCGCACGUGCCGGACGCGCGCAACGUGCCCAGCCAGAACGCCAAGAAGGUGGCGGGCCAGUUCGCCAGCCGCAAGCGCGGCGUGGACCCCACAAAGGACGUCGCCUGCUACUGCACCCAGUCCUCCACUGCGGUGAGCGCCUGCAACGAGUUUGCCAAGCUGAAGGCCUACUCCAAGGUCAAGGUGUAUGCCCUCGACGCUUCGUUCUCCGACUGGGUGGUUGCCAAGUACCCCACCGAGAAGAGCGGCAAGUUUGGACACUGAGAAGCUCGCGUGCUGAUGGAAGCCAGAUACGGAGGAUUGCGGUCUUGGAUGCAUCGUGAAUUCGUGUGUGUUUUGCGGCAAAUGGCGCCAAGUGGCGUGGCGGCCAAUGGCCAAUGGCGGCGCUAUCCUGGCUGGUAGUGGCAUUACAGCUGAGAUCAUGCGCGCCUGGGCUUUUGCAAACAGUGCCAUAAGUGUAAUGAGUGGGGUUUGCGGCGGCGGGACGCGUGGUGCGCGCUGCUUGAGUGCUUUACAGCGCGUGCCGCGAGUGCGUGACAGGGCAGUGCCCGGGGGUAUUCAUAGAUAGGUAUGCCGUAUUAAGACGCAUGUCUGACUUUGGUUCGAUGGCAGAUAGGUGGUGCCAUGUGCAGACUGCUUCGGGCCGCGCCACCUCCGGGUUACCAUGCGCAGCCGUGUCGACCGAUGGGGACCUUGAUUGGACUGCGCCCAGAAAUAAAGAAAUCCGCCGUACCGUGGUUCCUGGGGAUUGUAUCGGCGUUGGGUACGUACACCGUGGUUUUUCUGCAGCAUCCUCGCACUCGGGCCAUGCACGUGCUGACGUGCAGCUCUCGCCCCAGUACAGCGGUAGCCUAGGGUGACCGCCUGACCGGGUGACUGCGCCAUUAGAGUGCGCCAUGAAGCGGUCGAGCCCAGCGUUCGGCAUGCAUCAGCAGCGGUGUUCACGGCUGCAUGGCAGCUAUGCUUGGAUGUGCCAUGAUUGGCUGUGCUCGGCCGCGGCACCCAGUGGAUACGGUACUCGGCUGGCC